AACCUCGUUGUUCGGAAGUAUAAAUUUUAUGGGAAACCUCAACGGCUAUUAGUAUACGGAUAUAGAAAUUUAACUGAAGCUCAAAGUACAGAUUUUGCAAUAGCACUAAUGAAUUCUAAUAAAAAUAAAAAUACUUUACAACAAAAACAGCUUGACUAUUUUGGAAUAAAAAGUAAUAUUGUUCGAGAAGAAAAUAUUACUUACCAUUCAACAAGUCAAAAUAAAAAUUUAUCAGCUAAAAGAAUUCGAAAUGAAAGCACAGAAUCAAAAAUAGCAGAAAUUCUUCAGCAACUUGAUGGUUUAUCAGGUCAAUCUUUAUUAAAAAAGAUUUUAGAAGAUAGAUCAUAUACUUUAUAUAAUGAUAAUAAACAUGUUUAUUGUCAUAGUUGUCAAAAAUCAAUAACUUUACACCGCUUUAAUGAUGGAACUAGAUUAAAAGAACAUAUUAUUACUUCAAUGCAUCUUGAAAAUUCUCAAAAAACUGAGUCAAAAAAAAUGCGUACUACCUUUUUAACAACAUUUUUUAGUAAUAACGAUAAUAACACACCAACUGUUAUUGAUUUAACUAAACCAAAUAAAGAGUUCAAUAACUUAGUUAAUGAUAGUCAACUAACAUCAUCUAUAAAUCAAGUGUCUAAAAUUAAACAGCAUGAUUCUUCAAAGCAAAUUAUACAACUUUUGCGAAAACGUGCUGAGGGCUAUUUUAAGAGUGCAAAAUGUCUUGGAUAUUGUUCAAAUAAAUGGUGUUACGAAUGUGGUCUUUUAUCAAAAAAUGAAGCAUUCAACAAAAGAAAUUGUGAAUAUCAGGAAUUACUUGCUCAAAUUGAUUGUGCUAUGAUCUUAAAUAUAAAGGGAGAAUUAACUGAUUCAAUUCGUUGUAAAUAUAGUCAAGUACCUUAUUUUGAUAAAUGGUCUAAUCAUUCUUUUAAAGAACUGGAUACAUUUAUAAAAAAUCAAGAAAAACAUCCUAAAAAAUAUCGUUCUGAUAAUCUUGACAAUUUACUUAAAUAUUACAAAAAAGAGAUCAUUGAUUCCAAAUAUCAGCAGCUAGUUAAAGAAUAUCCAGCAUUAGGAGGACUUUUAGAAGCAGUAGAGGAACAUGGAAUUGAAGAUUGGAUGGCACAAUGUACCCGAUACAUGGUAAAUAAAACUAUAGAUGAGAAACAACCUAUAUUCAUUGGAAUAGCUCAAUCAGUUACAAAACUUUUAGAUAAAAUGGAACGUAAUAUUACUACAAUGCGUGGAAUUCAAUAUAAUGAGACGUUUGUUGAUUUUCUUGUAGUACUUAUCUCAAUUAGUACUCUUGCUGUACGAUGGAUUACAUUAAAUCUUGCAGGGCCAACAAUAAGAUUUCUGCGGCAAAUAAGAAAUAAAAGUGAUAACUCUUUUGAUCUUUUAGAGAUUAAUGUUUUAAAUUUUUCUAAAUUAAUUAAUAAUUGGAGAUGUGCAUAUAAUUAUUCAGGACCAAUUAUAUGCGCAAAAGAUCAAACUAAAAUUGCUGAAAUGAUUGAAGUAGAUCGUCAUCAUGCUCAGUUUGUUGGAUGUACACAAACGCAACAAACAUCUAUUUCUCAUUCAAUGACAAUUGAUGAACUUCAUCAAAAGUUAGUAACUUUGAAAAAAGCAACUUACAUUACAGUUUAUGCAAUUUCAGCAAUUAUACCAGGAAUACCACCACUCGUAAUUGCAGUACUUCCGUCAGACCAAAAAGAAACUUUAGUAAAUGUAAUUGAAGAAAAUAACUUAGUUGUUAAGCAUUUAAAUCAUGCUGGAGCAAAAUUAGUUGGAUUAUAUUUUGAUGGUGCUCCUCAUAAUCGGAAUUGGUUAGGUAGAAUGUAUUUUACUAAUUACGAAUUUCAAAAUAAGUUAGGAUUAAUUAAGGAAUCAGAAUCAAUCCUUUUAAAAAAGUUUCCUCUCGACCUACACUUAUUUGAAAAUAAAUUACCACUUUUAAGUGGAACAGAUUUUUAUCAUUGUAUAAAAAAAGGACAUAAUAUGUAUAAUUCUGGUAUACAUGUUGUACCAAUUGGCAAUUAUGUAAUUUCAACUGAACAUCUUUGGCAAUUAUAUAAUAUCUAUGGAGGAAAGUCCAGGCUCACUACUGAUGUAUUAAAUCCCAAAGACAAACAAUCUGAUGAACUUGCUGAAUGGUUUUAUUCAUCGCGUAUCUUAAGAGGCAUGCUUUUAGAAGCAUGGAAAUCUAAAACUAUGGCUCAUAUUGAUCAAAUAGCCUAUGCUUGGUCUGGAACUAUAUUUUUUGCAACUACAUGGAAAUAUAUUAAAAAUAAUCCAGCUCAGCGCAAUUCUAAAAAAUAUGGAAUUUCUUGGCAAACCAAAGAUGAUUUUCUUUACCUCGGAUCAUUUUUGGAACAUAUUUUUGGAUAUGCACGUAGAUUAGUUGAAGAUUUUAUAUUAUUAGAUUUUUUAAUGAUGAAUGAAAAGAUUAUUAAAAAUAUUAAUAUUGAAAUGAAAGGAUCUAUUAAACGUCCUGACAAUAAUGAUGGCUAUAAUAUACGUCUUGGAUCAAUUAAAGAUUCAUUGGAUCCUGAACUAGCCUUAUUUCCAACAGAAUUUGAAAUUGGCAACACAUUAGAAAAGGUUUCAACAGCUAUGCAUGGAAUUUUAAGAUCAAUUGGUAUAGAUUUUUCGCCUCAUGAAUAUACACAGAUUAUUCGAGAAUGCUUUAACUAUCAGCACAACAUUAUAAAUUAUGAAAACGAACUUGAAAAUGAGAAAAUAGAAAUAGAUUCAAUUCAUGAUAAUAUUUCUGAAUUAGCUAUCGAGGAACUGCUUUUUUCACAUCAACAAAGACUUAUAGCAUGUCAAAAUCUACCAGAUAAAUUUGACUUUACUAUUUCUGAGACCUACAGUUUAAAUAAUAAUGAAACGUUUAAUAGUUUUAAUAAUUCAUUUUUUGAAUUAAUAAAUUAUUAUAUACGGUUGAAAUCUUUGGAUCCUAUUAAAAUUAUGAAAGAAAUAACUCAAUAUAGAGCUUUACGACUUGAACGAAUUAAUUCUGCAGAAAGAUCCACUUCACGAACUAAAGGUUGUCUUGCUCAAUGGACAAGUGCAUGUCAAAAGAUAUUUAAUAUUACAAAGCUUAAUCCUGAAAAUAUAUAUUACACAGCUGGCAAUUUUUAUUUUUAUGUUUAUAAUAGUAAAGCAAUCUAUAUAGCAGAAAUUAUCGCUGUGUUUAAGAAAUAUGGCACAUCAUAUCGUCGAGCUGAAUCUUUGGAUGGAUUAAAUGCCAAUCGUAUACAUGCAAUUUUAUAUGAACAAGAUCUUUUGAAUCUAUAUGAAUUUAAUCACAUUUUGGAUACACUAAAAAUUCAAUUUGCAGUUGAAGAAUAUUCUUUCCGUUUUUUUAGUUCCUUGGGCAAAGUUGAAGUUAAAAGUAAGACAACUUCAACUUUCUUAGGCCGAUAUGUAACAUUGUCAGCAAUUCAAUUGCAACUUUACAACAAAUCAAUAGAGGAAAUCAAUCAGUUAGAAUCUGGGGUUUCAGAAGCUGAAGCAUUAAUGAAAAAAAAUCUAGAUUUAUAG